GGCGUGGCCACGUGACGCAUACACUUAGUUAUUUUGUUUAUUUUAUUGUAUCUAGUUCUAGUGCUAGUUAUGAAUUAAUAUAGUUAUAAGUUAAUAUUCCUUUGUUUGCCGAUAUAGUGUUUUGGGCGACAGUGUGUGUAGAUAUAGUACUUUGGUGGCAGGAUAACUAAUUGAAGCCAACAAGGUGGUUUUAAAUGGUGGAAUUGCGUUCUUUCGAAGACGAUAGGAUGAAGAAACGUACCCUAGCAGGCAACGCUGCGAUCGGGUUCGUCGUCAUAGCGUUCAUCCUGAUCGCGGUAGCGUUCGCCACCCCCAGCUGGAUAGUAUCUGACUACAGGAUCACCGGUGCCAGACUGGACAGAUUCGGACUCUGGACCCACUGUUUCCGCUCCCUUCCAGACCCGGUGGACGUCUACCAGUACAGAUUCUUCGUGGGUUGUCGUUGGCUCUACGAUCCCUUCACCACCGGCUACGAUCAGAUAAGGGGUUUCUUGAUGCCCUCAUUCUUUAAAGCCACCCAGUUCUUUUUCACCGUGUGUUUUAUCGCGGUCAUGAUAAGUGCCCUCUUAACUAUUUUAUACUUUUUAUGUUGCGGACCGGAUAUGAACAGGUACGUUACGUUGAUUAGGGUGAACGGGGGGCUGUUGUUGGUCGCGGGGAUCUCGGGCGCCAUAGCUGUCAUAGUGUUCGCCUCCAAAGCGAAUAAAAAAGGCUGGAUGCCGGGUCAUCAGAAUAAUUUCUUCGGGUGGUCGUUUGCCCUUGCGUGUAUCGGGGUGUUGGCCGCCCUAGUCGCUUCCGCGUUGUUCUUUUCCGAUGCGCACGUGCAACAGAGGAAGAGGAAACAGUUAAAGGAUUCCCAGAUUAGGUUCGAAAUGGAGCAUGAGAAGAUUUAAUUUAAUUUUUUUGGUUUAUGUAAAUGUUUAUGGUCUAUAAGGUGUGUGAAACAGGUUGGAGUUUUUGCCGUUGUCAGUUGCACGGUUUUGCGGCGUUACCAGCAUGCGAAACUAGGGGAGCGAGGGGUAACUGUGAACACUUAGUAAGUAAUCAUUUUAGAGGCAUGUUAAUUGAUGUAAAUGGCCAAGAAACAUAUUAGAAAGAAUGCUAUAGGAACGAAGGUAUUAAAGGUUAAAAAAAAAUAAGUCAAAAUAUCUUAUCAAAAAUAUUUUUAUUGCAAAUUACCCGAACAUUGGGGGUAAUACCGUACACCUAUGGAGUUAUACCAAACAGAAACAAAAAAUAGUUUAGUUUAAGCAAAAGUUGCAAAUAUAAUUAUUUGCUGUAUUUCUGCAAAGUUUGUGAACCCAGCCUCCACAACCAAAUCAGCGAUACCAAACUUCUGAUUUUCCAACAUCUCCGCAUCUAAGACACUCUUUACCUUCAUUUUGCUCAGUUACCAUAAUUUCCAUAUCCAUAUCAUCCAUUUCGUCAUUGUCGCAUAGGUUUUUUGCGCUAACAGUAUCUUCGUCAUCACUGUACGAGUCAAACCCCUUUCUGAUAACCGAAUUUUUCGUUCUUCUCUUUUUCUAUUUUAUUUUUUUUUCUGAAUUUUUCUUACAAUACUGGUUUUAAAGGGGUGCACGUGAGAAUCUCUGACUUUUGUUUUCGGCAUCGUUUUGUUUGUUUUGCAUUUUUGGGGGCCGCCUUUUUUUGGCAAAGGUAUAAUGUUAAUAAAUGAGUUCUUAUGAUUGUGGUCGCUUUCUUUAUUAUCUUUAGAAGUACCAUUAAUGGGUCCCAGACCGACAUCAGGAUCUUUUGGACAACCUGACCUCGGUUCAAAGGAGCUUGAAAAUAUUUUGGAUAGCAUAUUGUCACUUAUUACAGUUAUAGUCGCCACUAAUGAUUCUUGGAUUAUUAGUGGGAGUUUGAAACGUGAAAUUCCUCCCUAUUGAAAACACCUGGGCUUAUAGAAAAGAUUCCCGCUUUCUCAAAACCUUUUAUGGCUUUUUCUGCGUUAGCGGCUGCAAUAUAGGCUUUGGUGAAUAUACCGUUGAUCAAAAAUCGUUCAUAUGGUUUUGAUUUUAAAAAACAAGUCACACUCGUUAUCAUAGGCUUUCUUAAACGAAGAAAAAAAAGUCAGAUCCAAUGACUGAAUAUGACGAGAUGUAUGUGGAGGAAUUGACUGACAUAUGAAUUCCAUUGCUCCUAUAAAAUGCAUAGAUUGGUAAAGAUAUGUGACUUGUAUGAUUGUCAGUUGUAGCGUUAUUUGUUUUGGAAAAAAUUUUCAACACAACCGCUCUUAGUACAUGUAUAUAUAGACCUUUCCGUUCCAAUGCGUUCCAAAUAAAGGGGGUGUUAAUGAACCACUUGCGCUCAUACAGCAGCACAUCGUGAUAUUUUUCCCCUUUCUGCACUAGCUAUAGCACCGAUUUGUUUUUGCCCGUUUUUGGCUCUUAUUCGAGGCGGUCUGUUAACUGUAGUUAUUCCCGUUUCGCCAACAUUAAAGAUGCGAGUUGGAGAAAAUUGAAAUUGUUCCAUUAAGUCCUGUAAAUCCCUAAAAGAUAUCUGUCAAUUUCUUCCUCGCUGAAGGAUUCUGUUUAUACUUGUCGCUUCUGGUUUUCUAAAGCUGACUUCAGGAUGUCUUCCCAUAAAUCUUUUCCUGCCUCUUAUUUAUCUCUUAUAUAUUGAGGGAUAGAUAAACUUUCAGCAUCCGAAAAAACAGCACUUCUGAACUGAAUUAGUGUAAGACCACAAAACAUCUGCGACAAUCGUAACCAGUGAUUAGAAAUGUGCCAUUCUUGUUCUUCGCAGAAUAUUGUACGAACUCCUAUUCUUGGUUUGUAAUAUAACUCCUUCUUCACUCUUUCAUGAAGCGUUGUCACAGGUACAUACCUUAAAGCGUCGUAAAUUUCCAUUUUGAACAGCCCUUAUUGCAGACAGCAUAUUCUCUUAGGUCAAAGAGCAUUUUUCAGUUGUUCUUUUAUAUUUUCUCGGCAUCUAAACCAAUAUGCCUAAUUAUGCAAUGAUUAAAUAAAUGUAUUAAAUAUUUGUCUAUAUUAGAACGCUUUUCUAGAGCAAGAAAAUACAGGUGGGCUAAUGCCAAACACUUAUUUUUUCAGAUGGGGUAACGCCUGUUCGCCGUUACCCGAAAUGCAUCUUGGACUUGUUUAAAUUGUGCUUUUAAUAAAAAACACAAUAUUUGUAAAAAUUGCUUCGUAAAUAAUUCUUAGACAAUCAUAUUGGUUGCAAAAAUCUUUGAAAUAAUUAAUAUUAGUAAUAUAAUUAUUUUAUUUAUAGAGCGUCAAAAACAAUAACACAGCACAUGAAAACCUAACAGUCGCCAAAACUCUUGCAAAUGGCCUCCCUGAUUGAUGUUCGGUUAGUUUUUCAACUUGUGAAUAGAUGGAAGCCAUAAAUUAGUGUUCGGUAUUAUCCGCUGUUCGCGAUUACUCCUCGCUCCCCUAUAUAGAUUGAAAAUUAACCGAAAUGCCCAUAAACGAAUGGUUAUAGUAGUUUAAAUCGGGCGAACUGGAAAGUCCUUUUUCUACCCAUUAUGUUGAUACAGUGUGUACUAGUAAUAGACAGUUUUCGAAACCAUUAAAAAGUAUCACCGGUAACCACUAAAGAAUGACAUUUCAAGUGUCAUUUAUCGUAUAUCCGCACCGCUAUCUUACGAACGAUAGACAUAGUCAUAAACAUAGCGGAACGCAUGCGCAUUGUCCUUUUGCCUGAAACAGUAAAAAGAAACUUGUUUUUUCUCUCAAAAAGUUUUUAUUUUGCAUAACAAUGACUAUGACCAACCCAAAUCUAAAUUUCAGUCUCUUGAUAAAAUUCAAGAGAAGGAGGGUCAGAUUUAUUGAUGACCAAAUACUUUUAAUGGACAUCCUAAUAAAUAAUAUGUUGAUCCUGCAAAAAAAAAUAUCAUACACAAUAAUUUUUCUACAGCUUCAAAAUUCCCAAUCAUAAUGUAAUUUUAGGUACUUUCCGAUUUUUAAAUAACGCUACCUAAUUAAAUAAUUAGAUAUAAUAUUGUAGAUCAAAAAUGAGGUUAGAAAAUUUAAGCAGUAAUAAUCACAAAGAAAACGAAUUUAUUGGAAAUAAAUCUUUUUGCUAUCAUUAUCAAUUAUUUCGAAAACGCUUUUUGGGGAGCUGUCAAACAGCGGCUAAGAUAACGUUUACGUCUAUGUUAAAAGUCAAAACAUAUGCAUCUUCGAAAACUGUCUAAUAGCCAAACAGAAUAAAUUCCACAAUAAAUAAAUAGGGACAUUUUCAAAAAAAAAACGCCCAUACACGUCUACUGGUAUUUUUACUUGCCUAUUUCUUUCAACAAAAAAAAUCAUACAAAUAAUAAAUACGACACCCUGUACACGAUUAAAUUUUUGGAUUCUUCACAAUAUUCUAAGCAUAUUUCAUGUAGAAUUUUUAACGGUUUUGGAAAUAUUAAUGAUCUUCCAAUUUAUUGCACACUCAAAAACUACUAAGUAAUACUGUUUAUCUUCUAAUUAAACAACCAAAAAAAAACAUUAAUAUCACCGUAGUUCAAUAUGCUUGCCACGAAGUUUUAAGUCGGCUAAAUCGAGGUGUUUAGUUAUGUAUAGAUAAAAUUUUAAUGUAUCCCCGUAAAAAUAAGUCUUUCAAUGUCAGAAUUGAAUUUGAUUAGUAUUAAUAUGACUAUUCAAAUUGCCAUCUGCAUAUAAAGGGACCGAUGACCAAUUCCUGCCCAAACAUUGACUUUUUCAGGAUGUCGGGUAUGUCGUGAGGAUUUUCUUCAAACCAAUCAAGCGGCAAUUUUAUCGAUUAACAUGAUCAUGAAGUCUAAAGGUGCAUUCAUUCAUCAGAAAACAAAACAUGCUCUGAUUGGAUCUCAUUGUUAUGUAACUUCGCCAUCAUUUGUACACAAGCAUAAUAUCCAAUUUGGUAUCAUCACUUAUUGCAUUCGCAGCUGCUUUUUUAAUAUGUCUUACAUAUCCAAGCUUGAGAAACUGCUUUUCUAUUUUACUAAUCAUCCUUUGGGAUGUUAGGAGGAAAAUUGGGAAAUUUUUCAACGAAUUUUUGGCAAUAAAUCGAAAAGUACUUAAUAUUUCCGAAAUAGUUAAAAACUGGUAUAUAGGACAUCGUAUGUAGAUCAAAUAUGUCGAGAAUAUUUUGCAGAAUGUAUCGCAUUAAAAAUAAAAAAGUUAAUAGUCCUACGGUUGGAACCUUUGGUGUGAUGCUUAAAUUACGAGACAGUUUUACCACUAACCAAAACUUUUUAUUUUUAAUCUCGACUGUUUAAAUUUUGUAAAAAUUAAAAGUUUUAAUCUUCUCUCGAAGAUGCUAACAUCGUUAGCGAAACACGUGUCGCGAUUAAAAAUAAAGAGUUUUGAUUAGUGGUAAAACUGUCUCGUAAUUUGAAAAUAUUAAUUUUUAAUCCAAUUUCCAUAAAAAAGGUUAAUAUUGGAAUGAGCACUAAAAAAAACCCUUUUUUUUAGAGUGCUGAGUAUAAUUAGGAUUGGGUCACUGUUCGAGUUGCAAAUUAAAUUUAUAUUGAUUUUUAAAUUUUGUUAUUUAUUUUUUUUAAGAGAGCACAUUCGUCAUUUCGGCAUUGAGGGGACGACAUGUAUAAAUUUUGUCUUGAGAAAAAUAGGCCGGUAAGUAAAUAUACCAAUCCACGUGGUAUUUUUUCAAUUUUUCCCAAAAAUUAUAAUCUAAGCAUUUUUUUCCAAAAUGUCCCUAUUUAUUUAUUAUAUGGAAUUUAUUCAUUUGUCUUAUACAUACUGUACCUGUACAUUCGCCAGAUCUUCCAUAGAAUACAUACUUUUAUGUAUGUGACAACCCUUAGUAUUAAGAUUCCACUUAAGGAACGAAUACAAUUUAACUAACAAUUUAUUGUACAAAUUACGUUGUUAUAAUGUCCGUCCAAUAGGUUAUAAUUCUUAUAAAGCAGUUGGGAUCAAAUAUAAAAGUCAACAAUCAAUGGCAACACGUUUACCAAAUACAGAAGGGUACAGGCAAAGAAGGUGCUAUGCCAAAAAAAUAAGUUUUGAGAAAAACGGCUUCAAAGGUUAAUACUCUAUGAUGGUGUUUGUUUAUUGGAAAAAUAUAAAAGGUGAUAAAUUGUUUUAAUAAUGUAUUGAAGUAUUACCCUCUAGAGAUUUAAAUAUAAAAAGUCACAAAGCAAAUUCAAAAAAUAAUGUAAAAGAACAUUUUUUACAAAAUUGCAAUUAUUACAGAGAAUGAAGGUGUUUUGUCAAGCAACUACGCUAUACUACUAUAACACAAACUACACUAAACUUGAUAUUGUAAUAGUAAAACUUAAAAUCCAUAUGAACAAAAAGUAAAACCGUUUUAUUUUCUAAAAGGCGAUCUGGCAAGGUUCUUCAGAUGCUGAGUGUUUUAUUUAUCCUAGAACCAAAAAAAAAAAAAAAAUAGACCAAAAUCAGGACCGAAGAGCUGGUCAAGCUUACCGUAGUAAUCAAAACGCUUAAAGUUAACGUUGUCCGUUUUUUUUUCUAUAAACGAGGCAGAUGGUUAUAGUAGUCUUGAGCAGCUGAGCCACAAAAUAUCUUUAGCUCUUGGAUAUUUUUCCAUUUUUCCUUACUUAUGGGUAUAGGCUCUAAAAGAAAAUAAAUUUCCGCUGUCACAAGGAUGUUCUAACAGUUAAAAUGUUUAUCUUGCCUUUAUAUAAGUGAUCUGGCAGUUCAAAUUCGUUGGCUUCUAACUUUAUUUAAGUUUUAAAUUUGGGAUCAGUGAUAGCAGUAGUUUCCCAAAAACCAUUAAAGCUAUCUCGGUGAAGUAUCAUCCUUGGAUGUUCCUUUUCUAUUUUCAUUUCCCUAAUAGGCCUGGAAAGAAACGGACAUGUUCUUCUAUAACGUUCUUUAAAGAAUGUUGUCCAGUAUCUGAAGUACGUUUGGUUAACGUUUAUAUACCACUUGAAAAGGAGCUGGUUUCUUUUUUGCCAUUGUUUUGGGAGUUCCACUCGUGUUUUUUGGUUUAUUAAUCGCACUUAUCGCACUCCAUGUAGGAUUAACCUCUUCAAAUCUUCAGGAUUAAGAUAAUUAUGUAGAAAAUUAUGUAGCAAAGAAUAGACAUCAUCACUGCCUUUUUUCCAACUGUUUCAGGGUACAUGUAAAAUAUGCUUUGUGAUGUAGAAAGAACAUGGAUAUUGAAUGCAUACGUGGACAACUGCCGUUUAUAAUAUACGUCAUAUUCAUCGCAUUGACUACAUGUGUCAGAUCCAAAGGAUAUGUUGAACUCAGUUGAAAAAAUGGUCCUAUAAGUUUCAUAUGACAGAUGUUCAUUUGGAAACUUUUCACAGAACAUAUUAAACAUUUUUUUGAUAUUAAGUUCUUCUGGUAGAUAUAAUUUAGCCGAAUCAUGCAAGCUGUAAUGACUUUUACAACCUCUAAACGAUCCAAUAUGACUCUUUAUCGUAUUUCGUGUUUCAACAGAGAGCUUGUGCGGGCGAUUAGUGUGCUUACCUCUACGAUCUUUUGGUGCAACUCCUGUUAGCUUCAAUGACUGCUGCAAUACUGCUUAUUUUCUUCGACCUAUUCCAUGCAUAGACAUAAAUCCCUUUUUACAUAUUUCAACAUCUUCAGCAUACCCCUGCAUAUUAUUUACACUUCUUACACGGUAUCGGAAAGAAGCAUCGUGAAGAAAAGCAUCUUGUUCUUCUUGUCUGGGCCUUCGUUGUAAUCAGACCACACAAAUAUAUAUUUUGCUCAUCAACUGAGUUAAGUAAGUUAAAACUCUUAAUGAUUUUUUUACGAGGCUCUUCUGGUACACGCUCAAAACAUUUUAAUCUUUUACACCUACAGUCUUCCUCAAAUUUAUUAACUUAUUUACGUCACUUAAUUUUCCAUAUUUCUUCCUUUUUUUACUAUUUGUUUCUUUAGUCGGAAUGUCAUUAUCACCGAUUUCACCGUCAAUUACCUCCAUAACGUAAAGUUUUUAAUAAACACACGUGCACUGAAUAAAAGCCGUUUGUUUACUAAACAUGCCGGUAUUAAUUCGAUUGCAUCAGACCACGAGUAAAACUUACCACCUUUUUAGCCUGACUAGAGAUAUUAAAUACGUGAUUGAUUUAUAGAAUAGUAGUUUAGCUUGCUGGCUAUCAUAUGGCGCCAAAAUCUAAUUUUCUGUAAAAAUUGACAUAACACCUUCUUUGCCUGUACCCUUCUGGUUUCAAAUUUACUUUAUUAUUGGAUCUCUAGGCCAAUUCGACAUAAGCUGCCUUAUUUUAAUAAGUCCGUCUGAAUUUAUUUAUGUAUAAGAUUUAUUAUAAUAAUAAAAAAUUAUAUAAAGCAUAUAA